CCAGGGGCUUUAAAAAGAGCUCCAUUUUGUGCCGGCUGUGCCUGGGAGGCGGCGGGAGAGCGAGGCUGCUGCUGCUGAGGAGAAAAAGGAGGAGGAGGAACUUGAGGCUGGGCAGGAGUUGCCGCGCGGCGGCGCUGCAGAGGAGGAGGAAGAGGAGGGGGAGGAUGAAGCUGAAGCGAGGAGGAGUCCUGGCUGAGGAGAAGAAGCAGCAGGGAAAUGCUGAGGAGGGAUGCGGUGCUUUCCCGGCGCCUGAGGCGUCAGCGGCGGAGAAAGUGGUGCACUCGCGCGCGCAGGCCCUGUCUCGCGGCGGCGCGGCCAAAGCCCUGGGCGACGCCUUCAAGCUGCUGGUGCCCAAGUCCACGGAGUUCAUGAGCUCGGACGCCGAGCUGUGGAACUUCCUCUGCAGCCUCCGCCACGAGUUCUCGCCGGUCAUCCUCCGCAGCAAGGACGUCUACGGCUACGCCUCCUGCCGCGCCGUCGUGCCCGACCCGCCGCCUCACUCCCCUCCUCACGGCGGGAGACCCAGGAGAGCCGCCGCCAGGAGAGGGCGCCAGGGAGCCCGAGGAGCAGCAGGGAGGAGCAGGAGGAGGAGAAGGGGCGUCAAGAGGCCCCGCGAAGAGGAGGAGGAGCCUGAGGCGGCUGAGGAGACUGAGGGCCGCCCCGCAGACGCCUUCUUCCCCGCCCUCAAGGUCCGAGGGAGCAUCUGGAACCGACGCAGCUUGGAAGCCGCCCGGAGGAAAGCCCAGCGCCUCUUCCGCGUCGAUUUGGCGCCUUUUGUGAGGCUCCAGCGCCUCAAGGAUUCCUGAGGAGAGCCUGAGAGCAGGCUUGGGCCUAGUUGGGGUUUUGGACUUCAACUCCCAGAAUUCCUCACGGCCUCAGGCCCUUUCCUUU